AUGGCUAGAAGUCUGCAAGCAGAGGCGACCUGUCCAGUGUGCCUAGACUUUUUCUCCUAUCCUGUUUCUAUCUCCUGUGGGCACACAUUCUGCUCUCAUUGCAUUAAAAAGUGGAUGCGAGAAGGAGAGAAUUUGAGAAUGCCCUGCCCCCUGUGUCAGGAAGAAAUUGACGCUCCACCUUCUAAAGAACGGCAGAUUAGACACCUGACGCUCCUCAUCCAGCAGCACUUCCCCUUACUGGAGCAGAGUCUGCACGUGAGCCAGAAGCUCCUGAGGUUCCGGGAGGAUGUGACCCUGGAUGCAGCCACGGCCAACUCCCUGCUGGUCCUCUCUGAUGAUCUGAGGAGCGUCCGGUGUGGGAAGGUCUGCCACAGCCCCCUGGUUGAUCCCAGGAGAUUUACCCACCUGGCCUGUGUGCUGGGCACCCCCAGCUUCUCCGCCGGCCGCCAUUACUGGGAGGUGGAAGUCGGGGAAGGCAAGGAGUGGGCUCUGGGUGUCUGCAGGGAGUCGGUUGACAGAGGGACAAAGAGCGACUUAUCCUCUGAGCAGAGCUUCUGGCUGAUCAGCAUGAGGGCAGGAGCAAUCCAUGCCAACUCCAUCCCAGAACAA